AUGAAAUUGCAAAAGCGAGAAACAUUUUCAUAUAAAAGGUGCGGAGAACCCAAAUACGUGAAGGCCAAAGCAUCAAACUUGCGGGUAAGAUUCAAAACCCUCGUGGAAACGGCCAACGCUAUCUCUGGCAUGCAAGUGACACGUGCUCAACAAUACCUGAAGAACGUCCUUGGCCAUAAGGAAUGCGUACCCUUCAAAAAAUUUAGCGGAGGAAUUGGAAAGUGUGCCCAAGCUAAACAGUUCAAGACUGUUAGUGGACGUUGGCCAUCAAAAGCAGUAAAAUCCAUGAAUGAACUUUUGAUCAAUGCUACUUCCAAUGCAUACUAUUCUGGAAUCGAUCCUGAGGAUUUGUUUGUGUGUCAUAUAGAAGUCAAUCCAGCACCUGUUUCUUCCAGGAGGACCUUCAGGGCUCAUGGAAAGAUUAAUCCCCAUGUCUCGCAUUUGAGUCAUAUUCAAAUCGUACUCAAACUAGAAGAUUAG